GCUUCCUUGCGCUUGAUCUGGCUCGCUUCCUUGCCUGCACAGUCAGCCCGCCCGGAUGGAAACCCACUAUGCUGCACUGGGCGUCCCCGAGGAUGCUUCUGCAGACGAGAUCAAGCGGGCGUACCAGGCUCUGGUUCUGCAGCUCCAUCCAGACAAGCAAAAUGCAGCGAUUAACCCCAGCGCCGAUGCUGCAGACCGGUUCCUCAAGAUCCAGCGGGCCUGGGAAACCUUGAAGGACGUCGACCAGCGUCGCCAAUACGACGCUGAGCUCAAAGAUCGGUCUCAAAAGUAUAUUGGUCCGAUCGACGCCGAUGUGGACAUUGACGAGAUGCAAUACGACGAAGACACCCGGAGCUUUGUCUUCCCCUGUCGCUGCGGGGGCCUCUAUGUUGCAACAGAGGCCAAUCUGGAGGUGCGGAACGAUGUUGCCCCGUGCAGUACCUGCUCGCUCCGGAUUCGAGUGCUGUAUUCGAUCGAAUAGUUGCCGGACGUCUGGCUCUCUGGCUGCAAGGACAUGCAAUAAAUGCUCGGCAGGCUCCUGGACCGCUGGCUGCCCCUGUGCCCACGACAAAA